AUGGAUGUCGAGCUCUGCUACCCUCAGCUCCAGAACACGUCCUGCAGGGGUUUGAUGCGUCCUCGCUUUGAGGCCAUCCUCCUCUACACACUAUUUUCCUCCAUUACUGUGUUCACUGUGGCUCUCAACCUGCUGGUUAUUAUCUCCAUCUCGCACUUCCGACAGCUUCACACACCCACCAACCUGCUCCUGCUCUCCCUGGCCAUCUCAGACCUCCUUGUUGGGCUGGUGGUUAUGCCGGUGGAAACAGUGCGAUUUAUAGAAACGUGCUGGUUUUUGGGCGAUCUCAUGUGCGCUCUGUCUUACAUUAUAGGCUUCACCCUCACCUCAGCCUCUGUGGGGAACAUGGUGCUUAUAUCGAUUGAUCGCUUUGUCGCUAUUUGUUAUCCUCUGCAGUACCUCAACAAAAUCACUCGCAGCAGAGUUGAGGUGUCUGUGUGUUUGUGCUGGGCCUGCUCAUUGCUCUACAACGGGCUCAUUUUAAAGGACCAUCUCAGGCAGCCAGCCAGACAUAACUCCUGCUACGGGGAGUGUAUGGUGGUGAUUAACUAUGUGUCUGGAACUGUCGACCUUGUGUUCACGUUCAUCGGCCCCUGCUCAGUCAUCCUCAUUCUGUACAUGAGAGUGUUUAUUGUUGCAGUGUCUCAGGCUCGUGCUAUGCAGUCUCAUAUUACAGCUGUCGCAACCAGAAGAGUCGCUGCAAAGAAAUCAGAGAGAAAAGCAGCCGGAACUCUGGGUAUUGUCAUACUGGUGUUUUUGAUGAGUUUCUGUCCAUAUUACUAUCCCUCUCUCGCAGGACAAGAUAUCUCAAACAGUGCAUCAUCUUGGGCCAUUGUGUCCUGGCUGUUGUAUUUCAAUUCUUGUUUGAACCCAAUCAUAUAUGCAUUUUUCUAUCCGUGGUUUAGGAAAGCCAUCAAGUUAAUUGUCUCCCUAAAGAUACUUGAGCAGGGCACCUCGCAGGCAAAUAUACUUUAA